CCGGUGGAAUCGGCCACCAGAUGAUGGUUGAGGGUUUCUCUAGAUAAUAAAUCCGAGCGAAGCACGGACAGGAUAGUCAGUCAGUCAGUAAAGAGAAUAGCGAGCGCACAGAACAAUAGUGAGUCAGUCGGAAGUGAAGUCUCUCAAACAUGGAUGAAGCCUAUCGUGUGCAAGAGUGUCCUGAGCUCGGUCGAUACGGUGUGGCCGCGCGUGAUCUGAAAGCUGGCGAACGGUUGUUCAGCGAGCUCCCGUUUGCCGUGGGACCGAAGCUCGACAGUCCACCGCUGUGUCUGGAGUGUUGCUGCCCGGUCGAUGGUGGUGAAGGUGGUCCACGGUGCCCACGGUGUGGUUGGCCGUUGUGUGAGGAUUGUGCGGCCGAAGCUGCUCCACUGCCCUACCAUGGGGCCGAAUGUGCAGUGUUUGCCGAGAAGCGUGUACGGUUCCAGAGCGUCGAGGAUUCAACGGCCGGUUGUGUGCAGCUCGAUUGCAUCACCCCGUUGCGGAUGCUGCUGGCCAAGGAAGCGAAUCCGGAGCGUUGGGAAAGGGAGAUAGCCCCGAUGGAGUACCAUGAUGACAAGCGCCGUGAGGGAGCGAACUGGAAGGUGGACGAUCAUAACAUUGUUAGCUUUCUGCGAAAUGCCUGCGGACUAGCGGAUCGCUUCUCGGUCGAACUGAUCCAGCAGGUGAUCGGUGUGCUGGAUGUGAAUGCGUUCGAGGGUCGCACCUGCAACGGUUACAGUGUCCGCGGUCUCUAUCCUCAGCUUGCCAUUAUGGCGCACAGCUGCGUCCCGAACGUGGUGCACUCCAUCCAUCCGAGUGAGGCAUUCAGAUUGGAGGCUCGUGUCGCGGUGGAUGUGGCCGAGGGCGAAAAGCUAUACACAACCUACACCUACACGCUCACAGGAACGGUUGCCCGGCAGGCGAUUCUGAAGGCUAGCAAGUUCUUCACCUGCAUGUGUCCACGGUGCGUGGAUCCAACCGAACUGGGAACACACUUUAGUUCGCUGCUGUGCAACAAAUGUGUCGGUGGUAUCAUCAUUUCCUCCAAUCCGUUAGACGAAAAUGCCGAGUGGAAAUGUGGCGAUUGUGGUUUCAAGACGAGUGGUGCUGCAGUACAGAAGGCCAUACUGACGAUGCACAAUGAGCUGGAUGAACUGGCGUGUCUGGAGUACGAUGCCGGCCGGUUGGAAGCGUAUGAAGGGCUCUACAAAAAGUUCCGCAGUGUGCUACAUCCACGGCACUUCAUCAAUACCUCGAUACGGCACAGCUUGAUCGAGCUGUACGGACGGAUCCCGGGGUACGAGAUGGUGGAACUGCCGGAUGUGCUACUCGAGCGUAAGGUCGAUCUGUGUCGUGAUGUGCUGCGGGUGCUGGAUGUAGUCGAACCAGGCUUGUCUCGCUCAAGGGCAAUGGUACUGUACGAGCUGCAUGCCCCGCUCAUUAUGCUAGCCCAGUCUGCCUUCGGACGAGGCGAGGAAAAGCGGGAUGGCAAAACGCUCAAGCAACAGCUGGAGGAAGCCGCUGCGAUACUGGAGGAAUGUGGUUCCAUCUUGGAGUGGGAAGAUCCUACCUCUCCCGAAGGAAUACUCUCAAAUGUGGCCAAACAAUCGCUGCUGCAGCUACGCCAGAGUAUAGCGACACUGGAGUGAGAGCGAAUACAGCGAUACAGAUCGUAGAUCGGGGGAAUCAAUCGAUAUGUGAUGUACCUAUUUAAUGUUGUGAUGCUGUGUUGACCCUGUUUUUGUGAUUAUGACUCCUGUCGUAACGCCUAGUUAGUGACUAGCACUUGGCUGUUGUACGGUCAGUGUUUCCUUAUAUUCCUCGUUCCAGGUGUUUAUCUUUUAAUCACUGACCCAGUCAAACGAAUUUUAAGUCCGUACCAUGCACUGUAUUUAAAUGUAUCAAUAAAGUUUAUGAUGCAAACUCAGAA